GCCCGCCGCCGCGCUCCCGACGCCAUUUUGUGCGAGCCGCGGCCGGGGCUGAGGGUUGGGAGCCGCGGGGAGGGAGCUGGGCUCUUCCCUGCGCAGCCAUGCCUUCCUCGCCGCUCCGCGUGGCCGUGGUGUGCUCCAGCAACCAGAACCGUAGCAUGGAGGCGCACAACAUCCUCAGCAAACGAGGAUUCAGUGUCCGAUCCUUUGGAACAGGGACUCAUGUGAAACUGCCAGGACCAGCACCGGACAAGCCGAAUGUUUAUGAUUUCAAAACAACAUAUGAUCAGAUGUACAAUGAUCUGCUUAGGAAAGACAAAGAACUAUACACACAGAAUGGGAUUUUACACAUGUUGGACAGAAAUAAGAGAAUCAAGCCACGACCAGAGAGAUUCCAGAACUGCAAAGAUGUUUUUGAUUUGAUCCUAACGUGUGAAGAAAGAGUCUAUGAUCAAGUAGUAGAAGAUUUAAAUUCCAGAGAGCAGGAGACAUGUCAGCCAGUACAUGUGAUCAAUGUGGACAUUCAGGAUAACCAUGAGGAGGCAACGCUGGGUGCAUUCCUUAUCUGUGAGCUCUGCCAGUGUAUACAGCACACAGAAGACAUGGAAAAUGAAAUAGAUGAGCUGUUACAGGAAUUUGAAGAGAAAAGUGGAAGGACUUUUCUUCAUACUGUCUGCUUUUAUUAAAGCACAUCUGUCUCUUAGGCCUUAAUAGAUGAGGGAAGCAUGUGUUUCAAGUUCUGACUAUACUGUAUUUUCCUGGAAAAUGGCUAUUGUUCUCUUUUUGGUUUAAAAGCUCCUUUUCAGUGUCUUUUUGUUUUGUUUCAGGUAUUCUGUCACAGGGAGGCAGAGAUACUGGUUGGCAUUGUACAUAUGAGAUGAUUAAAAGUAUACGCAAAGGCCACCUAUUUAAAAAUGCAAAUCAAGUUUUUCUUUAAAUCCUACUUUAGUUAUUACAAAGUAGGGUUUUAAUUAUAAAGAGAAUGUUUCUUGAAUAUUAAGUUUAUAAUGGAUUUUCCAGCUUACAAAUUUAUUUUCAGUUGUGCUUUUUCUGUUUUUUUAUUUGAAUGUGACAGAAUGGCUGAAUUAAGUGAGGAUCUGAAUGGAACAAUAUAAAAAUGAGUAUCUGUAUAUUAUUAAAGUUGGAAGCAUCCAAUAAAAGUGAAAACCCUGGAA